AUGUCGAGAUUUGUGAAGAACGUAAAAAAGUGGACCGGCGUGUCUAGGCCGUCCACUCCUGAGCUGAGCCGCAGCCAGUACUCCCUGGUAUCCUGCGGUGAGCUGACGGCAGAGGCCAUCCAGGUCUGGCUGGGGCUGCCGAAGAAGAUCAAGUACGACCCUGAGUUGGCGCCGUUCAGACAACGUUACGAAAAGGAGUUCGGCAACAUCGAGAACAUACUGUUAACCUCGAACGGAUCCGCCCCGGAGACUAAAAGGCUGCCGCUCGUGAAAUCCGCCCCACACCUCAACAACAACCAUGUCAAGACCAGCGCCAACGAAGUCACCGUCAAUUUUAAGGAUCCCGAAAAAAAAGAUGACAACCACGAGAAAAAUGGUGACGGACAUGAGCACGGGUCGACACAGAAAAAGGAAACAAAGAUGGCCAGGGCGAAGCACUAUGUGAAAAUGUCCCUUCUUAUUGCCUGCUGGAUAUUCUUCACCGUAGUUUUCAUGAUGUACAACGAAAAGGAAGACAUAAAAAGAAAUACAUUCGUUGCUCCCGGGGAAAUUAAAAUCUAUGUCCUGAACGUGUCGAGUGGCGAGAUUGCGGUGCUGGUGAAACUGUCGGGACCGUUCCUGCCAGAGCACAUGGAGAAACGUUUCAACUCGUCGGAACUGAUGAGUGCGGAGAAGAUAACGGUGUGGUUGGAGAGGUGGACGCUGAAAUCUGACUACGGAGGGGAUAGAAUAGACGAAUCUGACGUGGAAAGCACAGAGGCCUCAGAACAGUGGUCGGUUCUUCUCCAACCGUGGGGGGAUGUCGACUUCAGCCGAGGGGAGAAACGCUCCACAACCUUAAGGCUGACCUCUAACGCCACCGACGCGAACUCUUCAGCUGUCAUCAUCCGCAUGCAGACCACGUGCAACCAAACCGUCCCUUUCACUCUCAGCUACACUGUGGACCCCGUGGAAGUGGCCAGUGGCGUCACGUACGCCUGCCUACUGCUCUGUGGCCUAUACGUGCUGAUCAUUUUCGAGGUGAUAAACAGAACUAUGGCGUCUAUCAUCGUGGCGUCUUCAUCACUGGCAGUGCUGGCGCUGGUCGGCGAGAGGCCGUCGGUGCCCGAGCUGGUCUCGUGGUUGGACGUGGAGACACUGCUGUUGCUCUUCAGCAUGAUGCUCCUAGUCGCGAUCACGGCCGAGACCGGGAUCUUCGACUUCCUCGCCGUGUUCACGUUUGAGGUGACCAGAGGGAAACUUUGGCCACUGAUAUCCCUGCUCUGCGCCAUCACCGGCCUGCUCUCUACGUUCCUCGAUAACGUCACAACUGUACUGCUGAUGACGCCCGUUACCAUCAGAUUGUGCGAGGUGAUGAAUUUGGAUCCGAUUCCCAUUCUGAUGUCUAUGGUGCUGUUCAGCAACAUCGGUGGGACGGCAACUCCCGUCGGGGAUCCCCCGAACGUCAUCAUUGCCUCGAAUAAAGCCGUUACACAGUCUGGAAUAAACUUCACAAACUUCACCGUCCACAUGACCCUCGGGAUCCUGUUGGUCUGCGUGCAAACCUACUUCCAACUCCGCUUCAUUUACAGAGACACCAGGAAACUGAGGCUGAACGUGCCAAGGGAUAUCCAAGAGCUUCGUCAUCAGAUAUCCAUAUGGCGGAGGGCGAUAGAAUCUCUGCCCCACCUGAGCAAAGACGAGCACGUGGUUAGAGAGAGGCUGGAGAGGAAACUCGCGAAAUUAACUCUGAAACUGGCUGCGUUAGAGAAAGAGAGCACAAAAAGAGUGUUUCCUAAGGAGACCUUUCAUAGUACACUCAUUGACCUGAAGGAAAAGUACAAGAUACGCGACAAGGCGCUCCUCGUCAAAGCAUCAGUUGCUAUAAGCUUUGUCGUACUGGUCUUCUUCCUGCACUCCAUUCCCGAGCUCAACCGCGUGUCUCUGGGCUGGACAGCUUUGCUUGGUGCCAUACUGCUGCUGACGUUAGCGGAUAGGGAAGACCUGGAGCCAAUACUGCACCGAGUAGAAUGGUCCACGCUCUUGUUCUUCGCAUCCCUAUUUGUGCUGAUGGAGGCUUUGUCGAAGCUCGGCCUGAUCGAAUUCAUCGGAGGCCUCACGGAGGCGCUCAUACUGAGUGUAGACGAAAGCGCUCGGCUGGCUGUUGCACUUCUGCUGAUGCUUUGGGUGUCAGGUGUGACGUCGGCCUUCGUGGACAACAUACCGCUCACCACGAUGAUGGUGAGAGUGGUGACUACAUUGGGCUCCAAUCCGCAGUUGGGUCUGCCGAUGGCACCACUGAUUUGGGCUCUCUCGUUCGGCGCAUGCUUGGGCGGAAAUGGCACCCUCAUCGGCGCCAGCGCUAACGUGGUAUGCGCCGGAGUGGCGGAGCAGCACGGCUACCGCUUCUCGUUCAUGCGCUUCUUCAGGGUCGGCUUCCCGGUCAUGAUCGGCCACCUGGUGGUGGCCUCCGUCUACCUCAUCAUCUGCCACUGCGUCUUCACCUGGCAC